ACGGAGACAGGGAGAUAGGGGCCAUAUCGCCGGAAAUCGCCGAGGGUUUAGGCUAUGUUUCAAGCACUCCUCACUCGGAAUCCAUUGUCCGCAGCUCAGCGCUCACUGCAAUACCGGGACUGCAUGUAUCUGAAACACAAGGGAUACGUCUCGUUGCCGCCCGACGCCCAGCCACAUGUCGGGGUCAUUAGAUCGCUCCACUCCUCGCUCUCAAGAUGCGCCAAGCCCGCCCCAUCGUCCGUACAAAAGUCGGAUGUGGUCUUAUCGCCACUAAAAGCUCCCCAAGGCUCAUCGCUAAACAUGUCUGACCCGGGGCUCUCAUCAUGGGCAAGGCUGUAUAUGACUGAAGAGUACGUCCAGUUGGCUGCAGCAUGUAUAGUUGUUCACGACUACGCACUCAACUUCUCGCUUGAGAUCGAAUACUUCUGGUUGCAGAAAUUCUCGUACAUGACUUUAGUUUACAUGACGCUGCGUUACGUAGGCUUGUGUUACUCAGGGUUGACUAUGGGUGUGUUUUGUCCGCACCUACAUUCAACUUUGAAGCGUCUGAUAUCAUUCCCAGCGUCAGCUCUUAUCAAUGAACCAAUAUCUCCCCUGGUAAGCUUGACUCUUUGAAAUCCGAGGUAUCGGACAUAUGCUCAUCGAUACUUGACCCAAGAGGUUUGUACCAGUCUGCUUCAUUUACUGUGUUAGCCCUAAUAUGAGGAUUGAAUCGAUGUCACCAGCUGUAAGCACGUCUUUUUUGCUCUUGGUUUCAGUACGUAUGAGCGUUCAUGUAGGUUUUCUAUUGUAUGCACUUCGGGAGAUAACCAUUCUUGUCCCAACGUGCGCCUUACAAGGGAUAAUGGCAAUGCGAGCGUAUGAAUUACUAGGACGACCCAAACUGUUCGGGUCUACUCUGGCGUUGCUUUUUGUUGUUAUUCAAUGCAUAAAUAUUGCAUUGAAUCUCAUGAUGUUCAAGGACGUCCUGGAUACCUCAGGCGAGUCGUUUAGCUUCUCCGAUAUGCGUCGUAUCAAUAUCGCUGGCUACAAUGUUUGCGAGGUUGGGGCGCCACCGUCGCUCGCCUGGGUCACGCCAACAACUAACGCCCUGUUGAUGGCGUACGAGAUCCUUCUCUGCGGCGCCGUUUUGCGCUACGCAUUGAAGGAGGUCCGGGGGUUUUCGUGGAAAAGCCCAACCAAGCCGUUUAGCACUCUGGUGGCGGUGAUUGUCCGAGACAACUUGAUCUAUUUCAUUGUCGUUACAAUUUCCAUGCUUGUCGCCGUCACCAACGCCACAGGCAUUACUUCCGGAACAAACCUCUUUGAUAACGGAUCAUACUUCUUGCUAUCGCUGCAAGUGUCAAUGAUCGGUCCAUGGAUAACAAUCAACCUUAGGAGAAAUUAUGAAAGUACUGCCAUGAGCGAAACAAUGUACGACUCGCACGAGCUAGAGCCUGUAGUUUUUGUCGCUGUAGAUCGAUUGGAAGACGCUUAUCGCUUCCUCUUGUCCGUUAUCAGAGGCGCGAAGAAAAACUACCGAUAUAGAACUAUCCCAACGAGCACGUCCGGCACUGCGCUCACAGCGGCGUUCGUGAUCAUGCUGUGGAGCAUCAAGCGGCUGAAGCUAAGGCCGUACUGUGUUCUGCGUGACCGUUCUGAGCGCAUGAGGUCACGUACGCUCUAG